GGACCGGCUGGCUCUGUACCGUCAGUCUCCGCAGCUCACUUCUCCUGUGUACUUGGGUUUAUUGUGGUCCUAUUCCGAUGUGUGCGCGCCCAGAGGACGCGGAUAUUAUAAUAAACGGCGGCGGCGAGCUGAAUGCCCGGUGCGGCUCUGGUAAUGUUAUUUUAGCGGCUGAAGGAGUAUCGACGCUCACCGUCUGCGGUCUCGGUGCAGCCAGCGAAACAUACACUGAGAAAUAACGGGGGAAACAGAGGGAGUGAGAGAGAGAGGGAGGGAAAGAAAAACAAUCCGUCCGUUUCCAUGGACAGCACGUCCAUAAUUACUCAGGUUGCCAACCCAAAGGAUGAAGAGAUCGUUUGCAAUCAGGAGAAAGCCUCGCAGUCGGACGGCAGCUUAAAGAUAAAGAGGAAGAGGAGCAUCUUUGGCACCUUUCUCUGCUGCCUACGCGACUACAAUGUGGAGCCGGUACAAUCCAACCACGGCUCCAGGGCCCUGGUGCUCCCCGCUGGGGAGAACGGUACUCCAGCAAAGCAUGACCAGGUUCCGGUCCUUCCUACCUCUAGCUCCCCAGUGAAAUACCUCCUUCCUGAAAGGAACACAUCAGACUACGGCAAGAACUGUGUGGUGAUUGACUUGGACGAAACAUUGGUGCACAGCUCCUUUAAGCCUAUUAGCAAUGCCGAUUUCAUCGUCCCUGUGGAGAUCGAUGGCACGGUUCACCAGGUCUACGUGCUGAAGCGGCCACACGUGGAUCAGUACCUGCAGAAGAUGGGUGAGCUCUUCGAGUGCGUGCUCUUCACGGCCAGCCUAGCCAAGUACGCAGAUCCAGUAGCAGACCUGUUGGAUAAGUGGGGCGUGUUCCGGGCUCGGCUGUUCCGAGAGUCCUGCGUCUUUCACCGCGGCAACUAUGUGAAGGACCUCAGUCGCUUAGGAAGGGAACUCAGUAGUGUCAUUAUAGUAGACAACUCACCGGCUUCCUACAUCUUCCACCCUGAAAAUGCAGUCGCGGUUCAGUCGUGGUUCGACGACAUGACAGACACGGAGCUCCUGGACCUGAUCCCAGUCUUCGAGGCCCUGAGUGUGGAAGAAGAUGUGUGCAGUGCUCUCAGAAGCCUGAGGGGCAGGUAGCACAGCCCAUUUCCACACCCCCACCUCAGGUCCAGCGGCAGGGGAUGGGAGCGGAGCCUCAUUCCCGCUGACUGCCCUCGCAAGAACGCAGUGUUCGGAAUCCCAUUUCCACACUGCCACCUCAGGUCCAGUGGCGGGAGACGGGAGCGGCGCCUCAUUCCCGCUGACUGCCCUCGCAAGAACGCAGUGUUUGGAAUCCCAUUCCCAUGAACUACUGCUGGAAAGUCCCAACGCACGGAAAACACUAACUUUAUAUUUCUAAUUUGGAGGAGUGCAGAAUUAAAAACAACUAGAUAUGUUAUUUUAUCAAAGACAUUUUUUCAAAUGUAUGCAAUCAUUUUAUAUUUACAAAAAAAAAUAAAAACCGUACAAAAAGAGAGAAGAAAGGGAUAAUGCAGAAUUAUUUUCAGUUGUGUUAUUUUAGCUAUGCAAAACAUAAUUUCUUUCUCUUUCCUUUUAUCACCGAAUAAAGUGCCUUUUCAGAUACAUUAUUAUAAUGGUAUGUUUUGUAUACAGCAUACUGACAGGGCAUUGCUUUAAAUUGUGGAGCUGUGUAUUAAAACUAUUAUGCUGAUAAUUUUCGAAAGCUGUGUAUCAUCGUCAUUAUAAUGUUUUCUAGUGGCUUACAGGAAACUCUUUCUUGGAAUCUGUGAUGUGUUUUGUGUUGAUUAUCAUGAGAAAACAAAUGAAAACAAGUUUUUGUAUAUCAGGGUCCUGUUUUAUGAAGCAGAAUUUUGUCAGCAAAAUAACUUCUCAGAUUUAAGGUAGUCUGGGCUAAAUGUAAGUGAACAAAGAUAAAGUCCAAACUGGGGUACCUUAAAUCUAAUAGGUUAUGUAGCUAACCAACAAAUCUCACUUCAUGAUACAGGCCCCAGUGCAGAAGGAUGGAUAAAAGUUUAUAAAAAAGCCAAUAAGAAAGAUUUAGGGGCAUUAAAAUGGCAAAUGGAGGCUAAGAGACCAGCAUAAGAUGUGGAGCUCAUUGGUCACAUUGAUUAAAAUGUUUACUCUUUA